AUGACAUCCCAAAAUGAUGCCCCUGUUAAAAAAAUUAUUAAUGUUUCUGAUUUGGUUAAGGGAACAAAGUAUAUCACUAUUGCAGUACGGAUAAUACGGGUUUAUGAGAAGCCAAACUUUAUGAACAAUCAGGAAGCUGGUAGUAUAGAAAUGAUUUUAAUGGAUGUACAUGGUACAAAAAUACAUGCCAGUAUUCGGAGGAACCUAAUAGUUGCUUUCUGGCCUAAGAUUGAGGAAGGAGGAUUUAGACAUAUUUCUAAUUUUUUGCUACGUGAUAAUGCUGGAUACGAGCUUACUACGCAACAUAAAUUCACCAUUUCAAUGAAUUAUGGAUCGUCCAUAGUGGAUUGCAAUGCUUUGGAUAUCCCACAAUAUGAUAUAAUUGGGCAAGUGACUGCGUAUGGUGAACUAACCAAGACCACUAAAUCGAGGUGCAUGACUAUUGAGCUGAUGGACACAACGAAUGACAACCUAACAUGUGUUCUAUGGGGCACAUAUGCUGAUGAGAUGAUAAAUUACAUAAAUGCUGAGGGAGCUAAUGGUGCAAUUGUUGUCAUCUUACAGUUUGCAAAACGAAUCAUGUAUAAAGGUGGUGUUCGUGUUCAAAAUUCUCGAUAUGCUUCAAGAUUGUUCAUUAACACACAACUAUCUGAAAUUAUUUCUUUUAAAGAUAGAUGUAUGAGUGGAGUUAUUAGGGAAGAUGAUGUCAUCCGGUGUAGAAAGGAGAAUGUAGUGUUACGUAGUACAACACCAAGAUUCAAGAUAAAAUUGAUUGUUGCUGAUAAAUCUGGAGAUGCUACUUUUAUGAUGUUUGAUAAAGAGGUGUCCAAAUUAGUUGGUAGAACAGCAAAAGAAAUGGUUGCCUCUCAAAAUCAGGUAGAAAACAAUGAGUUUCCUGAAGAAUUCAAAAGUCUAUUGGGGAAGAGAUUUUUAUUUAAGGUCACUGUGCCAUAUAAUAAUGGCAUUGAUCAAAAUUAUUCCUACACUGUGAAUUCUACGUCCGAUGAACCUGAAUUAAUUAACAAGUGGUUUGAACUUUAUGUUAAGUUGGAGAACUCUAUUGUUGUGAAAAAGGAGAGUGAGGCAGAAAGCGUGCAAGAAUGUGAAGAGAACAUGGAUCUCUUUCAAUCGGAGACAGACUCUUCUCUAUCCCACAUCACACCGCAAAAGAGAGCAACAUUACUUGAUGAACAUUCACCCUUAGGGAUGCAGCUUUCAACUAACAAGAAACUCAAGUCUGUUAUGCCUCAAGAAGAAGAUGGACUCUAG